AUGGACCUGCCCCUGAUGGAGCUGUCCCUGAUGGAGCUGUCCCUGAUGCAGCUGUCCCUGAUGGACCUGUCCCUGAUGGACCUGUCCCUGAUGCAGCUGUCCCUGAUGGACCUGUCCCUGAUGCAGCUGUCCCUGAUGGACCUGAUCCUGAUGCAGCUGUCCCUGAUGGAGCUGUCCCUGAUGCAGCUGUCCCUGAUGCAGCUGUCCCUGAUGGAGCUGUCCCUGAUGCAGCUGUCCCUGAUGGAGCUGUCCCUGAUGCAGCUGUCCCUGAUGGAGCUGUCCCUGAUGCAGCUGUCCCUGAUGCAGCUGUUCCUGAUGCAUCUGUCCCUGAUGCAGUAG